AUGUGCAGCGGUUUUGACGAUGGUGGAGAGCGAGGGAUCGCGCAGCACUGCGAGACGGGAUUCUCGUCUGGCCGAGUGGAAAAAUCGGGGGCUGGAGGGGCUGUGGACUGGAGUUUAGCUAGUUCCCUUUCAGACGAGCGAAGCAAAGCUUUGGACAAGUCUGUUGCAUCUAAGCCUAUAUGGGACGCCGAUGAGCCUUGGGGUAUAAGAAAGAACCACUACCGUGCUGACUCCAGCCAAGUGCUGAAUCAUGUCGAGAAAGCUGAAGCAACUGCCCCAUUUCUACUCGCGGUCUUUGAUGUUCCUAUUUACUAUUCAUGGAGGAGAUUCAUUGUCUUGGUUGAGGAGCAGCCUGAGUACGUGAAUAGGCCUAUAGGAAGAAGCAUCGAUUGUCGAUCAGGUUCGACGAUGGUGCUCGGUGCAGGACAUCACGUGAAUCACCACCACCACCAUCACCAUCAUCCUCACCCUCAUCCACAUCCACAUCAUCACCACAUCCAUCACAAUGCAGUGGCCCCCGCCUUACAUCCACAGCAGGGGAAACCCCUGUCCUCGGAUUCGGACUAUCGGAGCGUCUACUCCAGUAGUAGCAGCCUGUACAGCAUCCCCAUCUAUGGGAGCAGCUCUUCCCAGUGUGCCAAUUGUGCCAAUCUUCACGCGCUUCCCACCAACACCACCUACUCGGAUUCUAGUCAGUACGGAACGCAUUCACCGAUCGCCUUGAUCCGAGACAAUCAGUGCAUACAUAACCAUCAGAUCGAGUACUUGCCGUAUCACAGUGCAGCUCGUUGCGGCUUGGCCAAACAAUGCCAGUGCCACAAAUACACAUGUGAUCACGUGCCUACGAUUUCCAGUGCCGUAGCCCGGAACCAGUGUGGACAACGGACUCAAGCGACAUUGGAAGGAAAGGUGAAGCCGGCAGCAGAUAUGGGACCUGGCACUCCGGUGGCCGUCAAAUUGAAGAGGUCCAACCCUUUUCUGCGCUUUUGGAAGACUCGCGUAAUGAAGGGGGAGAAUGCGAAGCGACGGGGUGCCGCCCUUCUUUGCGCAUUGCUCACCGUUGCCCUACUUGUCCUCGCUGGAUGUGGCGUCGUCUUGUACUUGACAGUCGGAGGUGGUCUUGACGCUUUCGGAGCCAAGGCCCUCGAACCGGCACACGUUCAAGAGCUGAACACGCUGGUUUCUCAGUUCCGCAUCACCAACCAGCCAUACAUACCUGAAUUCAACGAUACGAAUUCUCCAGAAUUUAUUCGAAUGGCGACGGAAAUCACAGCUCGGGAGGCUGCUGUGUUUGACGUCUUGCUGGAAGAUGAGUCCGUCACAUUCGUCACUCAUUCAGUCAUGUGGCUACCAUCAGAGUCAUACGGAGAGGGGAAGCCAGGAAGGAAACAACAUCUGGCGGCGCAGCAGAGAGACCUCACUCUUGGGCUCGAUGAACUGAUCGGAAAAAGCAGUCUCCAUGAAGAAUAUCAUCAUUCGGAGGUUUAUGCACUCUCACCCGGAAGCGUGAUCGCCCAGUGUCGCCUUUACAUGAGCAGUUACGAUCCUCGAGCAGCUGAGAAAUACGGCCUCACCUUCAUCAAUGCCCUCCACAAUCGACACGGGAAAAUGUGGCUGGGUCCGUUUGCCGUGGAUAUUCAGUCCAUCAUGUUUACCGAAGAAGUUGGGGGGCCGUUGGCGACGGAGGCUUCGAACAUCUCCAAGUCCUCGUUGGUGGAUGCCAUCUCUGUACCCCCUCCACCGGCACCCCCUGCUAUCCCUCCAGUUGGCUGGGGGGAAUGGGGUUCCUGGUCACGGUGCACCCAGAACCCUUGCAAUCCCAGGGAGACCCAGUUUCGAACCAGGGACUGUCGGACAGAUCGGGGAAAGGGUCGGCUUCUUUUGAACUCAGAACCUUGUCUUCCAUUGGGUGGACAGGAUGUGCAAGUCAGAGACUGUCCCUGUCCAUCGACUUCCACUACCUCUACCACCACUACCACCUCCCCCUCCAGCACGACAACUCUUCCAACUACAAUAAAACCUUCCUCACCUAGUUCAUCGCCCGCGUCCUCCACAAGGGCUUCAGCAGGGCCAGAGACUGCAACAGCGAAGGCCAUCUUAUUGAGGUCUUCAUCAACCACUGUCAGAUACCCUCAGGAUACGGAGAAGGGAAAGAACUGCCAAGCUUGCUCAGGUAGUGAGGUGUGUGUGGCACUGAAUGGGGAGUCCCAGGCGUCUUGUCAUGUCAUGGUAGAUCCACGGGACCCAACUGGAUGUGGUGGACUGUGUCACCUCGACACAGAAAUGUGCCUCCCACUUGCCCCCAAUGUCUACAAGUGUGCAGAUGCUUCCAUUUGCCUCCAAGAUGAGUGGCAGUGCCAGAAUGGACUUUGCAUCCCUGGAGAGAAACGAUGUGAUGGUCACUUCAAUUGUUAUGAUCAUACAGAUGAAUUCAAUUGCAAAUGUGACGAAACGGAGUUCCAUUGUGGAAAUCAGACUUCUUGUCUUCCUCUUGAGAAGAAGUGCAAUGGAGUCGUUGAUUGCUGGGAUGGCUUGGAUGAAAUGAACUGCACUGAAUUGUGUCCUCCAUCCCUUUACACAUGCACCAAUGGUCAGUGCAUAGCAAAGAACUACUUCUGCGAUGGCUUCCCAGAUUGCUCAGAUGAAAGUGACGAGCCAAUUGGUUGUGGGGGAGAGUGCAAGAGAGACGAGUGGCGAUGCAGAAAUGGUCGCUGUGUGAAGAACUAUACUGUAUGUGAUGGUCUGGAUAGUUGUGGUGAUGGAAGUGAUGAAUUGGAUUGCCCUGAACCUGUUGAUGUUGCAAGUCCUCCAGUAUCCAUCUCCAGAGGAGCAGGUUGUGGAAUAGGAGAGUUCCAAUGUGCAAAUGGAAAAUGCAUCACAUCAGGAUUGUGCAAUGGUGUCGAUGACUGUGGGGACAAUUCAGAUGAGAUUAGGUGCCAGAAGGAACUGAAGAUCAACAUACCUGAUGCCACUCGUCUCUUGAGUUAAUGAAGGUGCCAUUGGUUCCCAUCUUGCAUCUAUGAUAAGAUUCUAUUCGUGAUAUCUGACUAUUUGAGCGAUCUCAAAAUUUAAUUUGUUUUUGGAGGAGUAUCGACUUGACGCACCUGGUUGUGUUGUUUGUUUUGUUGGGUUUGCCUUCUGUGCAACUUGUUCACGCUUAUUCAACUGGAAUGUGGGAUAUGUUGGGAACCAAAGUCAGACAGGUGACAAGAGUCUCACUGUGAUCUUCAAUUUCUAUCCUCUAUGACGUAUGCUGUGGUUCCAAGUUCCUUUUUUUUUAUACAUAUGAUGUGGCCAGGAUUGGCUCCAAGAGUAUCAGAGCUAUGUUGUGUGAUGAGACAAGAUAGGAAGAGAGAGCAUACAGAAGCCAUGGGAGGAUGGUGAGUAUUCUCCCCAUGCUAGUCAGGAGUGUGGAUUGUCUUUUUUUUUCCCUUGCCUUUUGUUGUGCACCAUCAUGUACGAUAAAUUAUUCAAUCAGUGCCUUCAUGCUCUCUAAAGCCCGUCCCUGUCGUAUGCCUUCUUCCAGUGUAGAAAUCCCAGUAAUAAAAUUCAUCAACGAA